AUGUCGGAACUUCCCGGCUCAAAGCGCGCGGCGGGCGGGGACGAAGAUUCCGCGGGGACCCCCGAGGGAGGUGGGGCGGGAUCCGUACCGACCAAGCGCCCCCGCACAAUCGCCGCGUACGCCGGUGCGUCAUCAUCCAGCGGCGGCGGGGCAGAGGGAGGGGGCUCCGCGGCAUCGCCCGAAGACCUGCAAGGAGCGGGGCCAAGGACGAUCGUGACCUUCAACCUGAACGGAGCUAGUCCACGGCUGGCCAAGAACUGGAACGAGAUCAAAGGCUUUCUGGAGGAGCACAAGCCGGACUUGGUCUGCUUCCAGGAGGUCCGCUUGCCGGCGAAAGGUGUGCCCAAGGCCAAGAAGGAGGACGACACCGGGCGGAAGCGAUGGCAGCUGAAGGAUGACACCGCGGCGGACAGGAAGGACGUCGCCCUGGUGGACAGAACGCUCAGAGCGCUGGCCCGGCGGCUGGGCUAUCGUCUGGUGAUGAGCCUGGCCAACUCCAAGUACGCCGGCACGGCCGCCCUCGUGAGGAACACGUGCCCGGCUACCGACAUCUUCUACGGCUUCACCUCCGGUGCGGAACACGACCGCGAGGGUCGUGUAAUCGCCAUCGAGUACCCGUCCGUGACCGUGCUCGCUCUCUACGUGCCCAACAACGGCAGCAAGGCGGAGAGCUUCCAGCGCAGGCGGCGGUGGGACGACGAGCUCUGCGGGUUUGUGGACAAGUACAGCGGGAAGCUGGUAAUCACCGGGGACCUCAACGUCGCGCAUCAAGACGCCGACCUUACUCACGCCUCAUUCUUCAAGGGCAUGUUCCCCGCUGCCAACCCGGAGGACAGCGGACAGCCUGGCUGCACCCCGGCCGAGAAACGGCGACACUCACGCCUCCUCGAGAGCGGCGGCGGUCUGGUGGACGCCUACCGGCGCUUGAACCCGGUCCCGGCCGCGGGUGCGGGGGACGCCGGGACGGAAACGGAGGGGAUGACCUGGAGGGGCACGGCGGGGAACCAGGUCGCCGCGAUGGGGCGGUACUACGGCAAGGGCAUGCGGAUCGACUACUUCCUCCUGUCGACGGUGCUUGCCCCGCGCAUCAAGGAGGUGAAGGUUUUCGGCAGCGGAGCCGACCGCGACGGUUUCCUUGGGUCUGACCACUGCCCCCUCAUGCUCACGCUGCUGCCGUAGUUCUUCUCUAGCUCGUUGCGGAAGAUUUUGUCUUACCGUGGUAGAGGGAAGAAUGCGGAGGUGGCCGAGAUGUUAUGUUGCUGAAUCGUGCUAUUCGUUUAUUUUAGACCGGGACGGGAAUUCAGGCCUCGUCUUGACGGUGGACAGAGGGGGCCAUGCGGACCUUACCUAUUUGGCGUCAGUCGAGCUCGGUUGCCAUCAACCCUCGCGCGU